GCGCAAAUCGUUGUCUUAGGCGGAAGUCGUUUCUAGUGGACGAGGGAAAUAGCGUUAGCUAGGUAAAAACGCAAGAAAUAUCUUAACGGUCCACGCUUUUCAUUCCCUACCAGAGUUUAAUUACUUUGCAUCAGAUUUAAAGUACGCAAGUGGAGCGGUAAAACCUUCGCCUAUAACGAUGCCGAAGAAUAAAGGUAAGGGAGGGAAGAAUCGGAGGCGUGGGAAGAAUGAAAAUGAGUCUGAAAAGAGAGAACUGGUGUUUAAGGAGGAUGGCCAGGAAUAUGCCCAGGUGAUUAAGAUGCUCGGCAAUGGGAGGCUGGAGGCUAUGUGCUUUGAUGGGAUGAAGAGGCUCUGUCACAUCAGAGGAAAACUCCGGAAAAAGGUCUGGAUUAACACAUCUGACAUCAUCCUGGUGGGACUGAGGGAUUACCAGGACAACAAAGCUGAUGUCAUUCUGAAAUACAAUGCCGAUGAGGCCAGGAGUCUGAAGGCCUAUGGAGAGCUUCCAGAGCAUGCUAAAAUCAAUGAGACGGACACGUUUGGACCUGGUGACGACGAUGAGAUUCAGUUUGAUGACAUAGGAGAUGAUGACGAGGACAUUGAUGAUAUCUGAGUCUGGACUGAGGAAUGCUGGUGGCCUGUUGUGUUUAUACUAAGAGAAUCUAUAUUGGACUCUUCUGAAUGGGACAGACUCCAUUGCGCUAUCCCCACUAAAUAAUUAGAUGGAGUCUUCUCCCAUCCUCCACCCAUGAAACGCCCGACUCACUACAAGACUGCUCCUUCCACCAGUCUAACAGAUGAAAUAAUCAGUAUCUCAUACAGGGACAGACAUUUCAGACUGCAUAUUUUUGUUAUAGUUUUAAUGUAUUUAUAUUUUAUUUCACCAUAUGCGGUGGAAUUUAAGGUUCAAAGUACAGAAAACCAGAAUUUACAAUAAAAGUCUAAACCCAUUGUAAUGUAUGGCUUGAAGGGGGUUUUCUUUUCCAGUACAUGGAUAUUGCAGUGAUUGCACUCUUUUACCAGUAGACGGAGCAAUAUGAACAGCAACCCAAACAGCCACACAGAGGAAAGGGCCUGUUCCAACUGCUCUGUCUUGAUCCAGUUCUCCCGUUUCUUUUUUGUCUUCGCGGGGCUCUAAUAAAAGCUUCUGUCAUGUUUUUACGCC